AUGGCAGAUUACUACGGCCAAGUGUACAACUCCGUGGGUGACUAUUCGGCUGCUAGUUCCGGUUACGACGCUGGAGUACAGUCUACCUCCGCAACCAACGGGCAAUCUGACCAAUACGCGGUCUACAACCAUGGAACAGAAAUGGAUAUCCGUGGCACAGCUCAGCAGACUUACCGUGAUCGUUCCCCCCGACAUCACAAACGUGAUUCAAGUGGAGAAACCCGCAGUCGUGAUCAUAAACGGGAUAAAAGACGUUCCCGGAGUCGUGAAUGGAGGAGACACAGUCGAGACCGUCAUCGGGAUCGCAGUCGUGAUCGUAGCCGUGAGCAUCGAUCCAAGCGCCGCCAUUCGCGCCACCGUUCAAAUAGUCCUCCACUUAUCUACAAGUAUUGGGAUGUCCCACCACCGGGCUUUGAGCACGUUACGCCUGCUCAAUAUAAGGCGAUGCAGGCAUCCGGACAGAUCCCAGUUAAUGUGUAUGCGGCCGGUCAAAUCCCCAUGCCAGCACACGCACCUAACGCGCCUCUUACGUUGACAACGAACAUUCCUUUCGCUGGUAGCGCAGUAUGCCGUCAGGCACGACGUCUUUAUGUAGGCAACAUUCCGUUUACUGCCACCGAGGAGAAUAUGAUGGAGUUUUUCAACAAACAGAUGCGCGCACAAGGUCUCAUCCAAGCCGAAGGUAAUCCUAUAAUUGCUGUCCAAAUUAAUAUGGAGAAAAAUUUUGCUUUUCUUGAGUUCCGUUCGGUGGAUGAGACGACUCAGGGUCUAGCUCUUGAUGGCGUGCUCUUCCACAACCAAGCUCUGAAACUUCGGAGGCCCCGUGAUUACGCACCGCUACCGGGAGUUUCUGAGACUCCUUCCGUUAUCGUUCCUGGUGUCGUAAGCACAGUUGUUCAAGAUUCUCCACACAAAGUCUUCGUUGGUGGGCUACCCAAUUACCUGAACGAGGAUCAGGUAAAGGAGCUUCUACUGAGUUUUGGUCCACUUAAGGGAUUUAAUCUCGUUAAAGAUGGAUCGACCGGCCUAUCUAAGGGCUACGCUUUCUGUGAAUAUGUUGAUCCAAAUGUAACGGAUCACGCAUGCGCCGGCCUUAAUGGUAUGCAGCUGGGAGAUAAGAAGCUGAUCGUUCAGAGGGCAAGCGUAGGCGCUAAACAUGGGGCUACAACCGCCCAGCAAUCUCUCCUGCAACUUCCUGGUAUGGAAAGUUCCCUAGUACAGAACACUACGGGCUCUGGGAACAUAACCAUACGCAGCGGUGGUCCGCCGACGGAAGUUCUCUGCCUCCUAAACAUGAUUGAUCCUGCUGAGUUAGAAGACGAUGAAGAAUACGAAGAUAUUGUUGAGGAUGUACGUGCUGAAUGUAGCAAGUAUGGUGUGGUGCGCAGUCUCGAGAUACCUCGACCGAUUCCAGGUGUCGAGGUUCCCGGCGUCGGCAAAAUUUAUGUUGAAUUCGCUAGUCUCAUAGACUGCCAAAAAGCGGCUACUGCUCUUACUGGACGAAAGUUUAACCAACGUCUUGUUGUCACGUCCUUCUUCAAUCCUGACAAUUAUCAUCGGCGUGAAUUUUAA